AGUACUACAUUGUUUGACAGUAGAAGAAGCCUCCCUCCCCUACGACUUUGACGUUUAGCAGCAGCGGCUGUCUUGACCUUCCAACUGCAGCGUGACAAACUGAAAUAUGGCUGGGCGCAUGUUUGCAAAUUGGUGGGCCGUGAUGAGCCCUUACUACACUAAGGCAUACCAAGAGAUGUGGCCUGGAGUUGUCAUUAUGGCAUGCCUGUACUACAAACUUUCCUAUGGGGGCAAGAAGGCUGUUAAAGACAAGCCUCAACACUGAGUUUCCCACCACCCUGACACCUGCUGCCCAUGUCCUCAGUCCGGAAGUCCAGCUUCUUAGUUGCAUUUUUGUUAAUAUGGUUCAAAUAAAAUUAUUAUCCUUAA